AUGCGAGACGGUGGAUUGGGAAAGUUGCAGAAGAGGAUGAGGGGACGGUUUGGGGAUACGUUGAAUCCGGAUGAUGCGUAUUUGAGCUAUUAUGAUAUUCGGUUGACGAGAGAGGAUAUGCAGACAUUGAAGAAUGACUGGCUCACAGAUAAUAUCAUCUCAUUCUGGGAGGAAUACCUAGAACAAGAGGUCCUCUCACAGCAUAGCUCAUCCAACAUUGUCCUCCUUCGACCGAGCAUGUCGUUCAUGAUCCUCCAAACGCCCAACCCUCAUACCCUGCGCGAAGCCCUACCUAACUUUAGCCGAACCACCCAUGUCUUCCUCCCAAUUAACGACUGUCGCAAUGUAACCGAGGCUGAAGGGGGUACUCACUGGUCGCUUCUUCUCAUAUCCAUCUUGGACGGGAUCGCAUUCCACUAUGACUCGCUUCCCCCCGGAAAUGUAUGGGAAGCACGAGAGGUGACGAUGAAAUUCGGCGCUUUGCUCAACCGCCCGAUUCGGUUUGUACAUUUGAACGACUCGCCUGUCCAGGAAAAUGGCAGUGACUGCGGUGUUUUCGUCUGUCUUAGCAUGCGGCAUCUUCUAGUGAAAAGGCUGCUGAUGACCGACGGUAACCAGAAGGUUAGCAUGAGCCUGGGCGGGAAAAAGGUGGACGCACGUGCGGGGCGGAAGGAAAUCGCCAAAAUCAUCGAGGGAUUCCGAAAGGAAGGCGAGAGACGCAGAUCAGCUAGCUUAAGCCCAGGUCCCUUUGGGAAGAAAUCCGUCAGCCCGGGUCCUCCACGGAUUGAUUGA